UUGGCAAUGACAGUGCCCAUACCCAGGCCGGCAACACAUCCGCAGACUGUUAUAAACCAGAUAGCCUGCACACCAGGAUGGAGCGUGCAUGCAGCUUGAUGUAUUUCCUUGCAGCAGCAGCGAUCCUCUUAACAAAUGUUGUACUUGGUAUUAGUCAGUGCGGUAUCCAGUUCGUUGAAUUUGAAAUUCUGAUGGUGUGCAAUCAAAGCAGGUCACUCAAAAGAAAAAGAACGUUGUGCUGCUGAUGGUGAGGGAUUAAUUGUUGGUGAACUGAUCUCAAGUUCUUUUAGUAAUGCACCAGCAUGUGAAUUCAUCAACACUGAUGCCAUGAACAUGACAUGCUUGCGAAGCAAUUCUGGGAGAGAAAGGGAAUAUGAUGAAGUGUUUGCACAGAUUCUGGAUGCUGUCAGUGGAAAACAUGAAAUUGCACAUCUGCCUAGAGUGAAUCCUCUUCCUAUGGAAAAAGAUCGUGUGACACCUUUCAUUGCAUUCAAAAAAUCCUGCAAACCAGUUGAUCCAGAUCAUGGUGAAGGAGCUCAUACUGUCAUAGACAUUUGCACAAACCGAACCAUAACCUUCGCACGUGUGUAUCUGAUGCUAAAUAGUGAGAAACAUGUGGAUGUCCUGACAGAACCCUCUGUUAUGUGUCACUGCACACUGCAAGCAGAUUCUAGUAUCACACUCUAUGCCCUUGAUGUGCGACUACAGAACAGCAGCAACAACCAGUGUGGUGCUUCCUCUCUUGAGUUCAAAUCUGAAGAGAAGUCUGUAGAACUAAAGUGCCAAGACAGACCCUUGUUUGGACUGGAAACACUGUUUGAGGGCAAAGAGAUCAAUUUGACUCUGCAUACAGAUUAUGCUCCCAAGAUGGUGUGGAUAGACGGAAAGGCAGACAGCGGAAAAUCGACACUGAACACAAUCAUGGUCUCUUGUAGAACUGAGCUAGAAGUAAAGAAAAUUGAUGAAAAGCCAGGUGAAAACAACAAUGAAGAAAAUGCGUCGGUAAGUAUGAGAGAAAAUCUACUCCAUCCCCACUUUUGUUUGCAUGGUAUUAAUACACGUAAAAGGUAAUUGUUCAAGUUUGUAGAC